AUGGCUGCGUGCGACAGCAUCGGGCAAGCCACGGUGACGCUGAACUUCAGCCGGGGGGCCAGCCACGUCAUCGCGCAAUACUUCCAGCUGCUGCGCCUGGGGCGGGACGGAUACACGCGCAUCAUGAACAACCUGAGCUGCAUCAAGCUGCGCCUGGAGCAGGGCAUCCUGGCCAUAGGGGCGUUCGAGAUGCUCAGCAAGGACGUGGGCGUGCCUCUGGUGGCGUUCCGCCUGAAGAAGCGCCUCAACGAGCAUGGGGACGAGGACUUUCCUUCAGUGACGGCCAGCUCCAGGGCCUACCACAGCACCGAAUGA